GAACAUGGCAAGGUGACGAGAAGCUAGUGCCAAGCUGUCUUCAUGUGUGUCCGGGACAAAUGCUCUAUGGAGCAUUUACACUUUCCAGUCAGGAUAUGCGUUAUAAUUUUAAAGCAGCUCGUGGAUGGGUUUUGGAAGCGCAAGCUCGAGCCUUUCAUGUGCUUGCUAAAUGGGGCACUCGGUCUCAACGCAAGCAAAAGGCUGAACGCAAGCAGGAUGGAGAUACUCGCUAGUCUCCUUUAUUCAAACUCGAGUCAUUGGGUGGAAUCGCUGUCCUUUGUGCUUAAAGUUGUUUGGAACGCGAAAGUUCAUUACAAAAGCAUGGCACGUGACAUUGCUUUGGACCAGCGUCUUCGCUUCCUUUGGUAGCUUUUCACACACUGCCCAUUAGACUUUUUGAAAUCCCGACCACCAUUCUCUUCUUGCACUCCUACUCUCACCACCACUGCUCACACAAAAGACAAGUGUCGACAUCCAGACUUUAAGUGGAAUAAAUGACCAAAAAUCGAAGUACGACACCCGUAUUGGACCGACGACAAAAGACACCUGCACAGCCCGAGGAAUCGCUUCAGAGACGCAGAAGACGAUCCAACAGAGUCAUGGAAGGUGACUUAGAUGCACCUGAGACGCCUGUUUUAAGACGUUCGCGACGGCAAACCCCACAUCCGGCCAGGGGAGCAGACAAUGCUCACAAUGACACUCAAAGCGAGGCGAUAGCAACAAACGUACCCCAAGCUCAGCCCAGAAAGCGUGUUCGCGGAGCGUCUCACGACACUACUUCAAUGUUGGAUGACGAAUUUCCAAAGGUUGACAGUUUGCGGGAGGAAGUUACCCCGGGCAGUCUAAAGAGACAACGGACCGAUGCAUGGGGGGAAGAUAUUGGAGGAGAAGGGAGCGGUGUAGAAUCCGAAGGCUAUCACAUUACUCUCGCAGAUGAUGAGUCCCUUAGCGAUAGGGAUUCAGGUGUUCUUGAGGUUGACGCCCGUGCUCCGAGUGAUGUAUCAACUUCUCCAUCCGCCAUUAUAGACCUCACUUCCGAUACCACUACACUCCCAAACUCAACCCACACAGACACAACCCGCAUGGCACACAUUAUCGACCUAAGUACACCGGUUGUCAGCCAGAUUAGAAACCCUGUACAGAGAUCACCCUCUUCUGAAGCUGUAUUCGACCUGACUCAGGAGGAAGACGAUGAUUUGCAAGUCCUACAUCAUAUCCCUGGAGUGCGACUUCCAUCUGUACCUCGGGCUUUCACUAGCGGAAUGUUAGAACUUGGUGCAGAUACACUAAGCAGCCCUGAAGCUGGAGGAUCCGUGCGGGCUUGGAUAGAAAGCGCUUUCAGUCGGAUGUUGGGAACAGGAUCGAGAUCCGUACCAAAUGACAAUUUGCAUGAAGUUGGGGGACAGAGUCCACUGCAACCGCAGAGCAUCCGUUCCAUUCGUCCUCGUCUCCCGUCGUUCAAUGAGCUACAAGACAACCUCCGCACCACGGUAGCCCGCCCUCAGCCUCCACCGCCUCCCCCAGAGCCCGAAAACCCGGCUGCAUUGAAAUGCGCCAUUUGCCUGGGGACUUUCAGCGUGAAUACAAACCUGAGUGCAACCAUUUGCGGUCAUAUAUACUGCGAGGACUGCAUAAAAGACGUGCUCAAGGUCAAAAAAGAGUGUCCAAUGUGCAGGCGGCCACUGAAAGGGAAGAACAGUAUUCAUCGGUUAUAUAUAUCAUAGGGGAUUUUGGGGCUUGGGUUCAUUGGAUGGUGGAAAAAGGAUUAAUUAACAGAGAUUGCACGAUGCGAAAGAGAAA